AUUUUGCAAACUACUCCUGUAACUACCGUGACUGUGUGUGUUAACGACAAUGACGAAAUGUGAUGAUAGGGUUGAGGAGGAGGCGAUCUCGAAUAUGGAACAAGGAACAGCCACCGGCACCGGAACGUCGACGUUUCGAAACGCAGGUUCAUCUUGCGUGAUGGCUUUCACUACUGCUCAGAAGUUUUUAGCGGAGGUGGUUGGGGUUUACUUCAUAAUAUUCGCGGGAUGUGGAUCGGUGGCGGUGAACAAGUUAUACGGCGGCACGGUUACGUUUCCGGGGAUAUGUGUCACGUGGGGAUUGAUUGUUAUGGUCAUGGUUUACACAUUGGGUCAUGUUUCCGAUGGCCAUUUUAACCCCGCCGUCACUCUCACCAACGCCAUCUUCGCCCGCUUCUCAUGGAAACUGGUGCCAGUCUAUAUUGUGGCUCAAUUAAUUGGUUCAAUCCUCGCUAGUUCCACAUUAGCCAUGAUAUUCGACAUAACACCCGAAGCUUUCUUUGGCACUCUCCCCGCCGGAUCCAACUUGCAGUCCUUUGUUGUAGAAAUUAUCAUCUCCUUCCUCCUCAUGUUCGUCAUUUCCAGCAUUUCAACAGACGAUAGAGCAACGGUAGGAGAUUUGAGCGGAGUCGUUAUCGGAAUGACCAUCCUUUUGAACGUGUUGGUUGCUGGCCCGAUUUCUGGAGCGUCAAUGAACCCAGCCAGAAGCAUCGGGCCGGCCAUUGUGAAGCAUACUUACAGAGGCCUGUGGGUAUACAUACUCGGACCCAUAAUCGGAAUGGUAGCCGGAGCAUUUGUAUACAACGUGCUUAAACUCACUCACAAACCGGCCAGCGACUCGAGCAGAACCAGAUCAUUCCUCAAACAGCUCAGAAGUUAGCUAGCGCUAUGGAUUCUUUGUAUUAUCUGCACUUCUCUCGUAGGAGAUCAGAGCGCUACAAAACUGUAGUUGCAGAGUAUAAUGCCUGUUUAGCUAGCUUGCAGUUCAUAUAGUUCAUUGUCAAUGUAUCAGUAUUUGAUAUAAGUAUUUUUUCCAGUAUGAUGAUGGAGCGUUUAAUU